GUGGAUUUUACUACUCACCAAUGGCUCAGAUGCAAACGACAACGCACAAGUGGAUCACUUCUCACUGAUAGCGAAGCUGAUAGUAAGCAAUUACGUUUGGGUAGUUACGAAAUUGUACUAUCCGCAAUGGAAGUGCCUCGUAGCUAUCAGGAGGCAAGGGCCUCGCCAAAAGCGAAAAGCUGGAAGGAAGCUGUUCUCCCGAGAAAUCCGAUCACACGUCCGAUCUACUGAUGCGACCGCGAGAAGCAAAAAAUCUCGGCUGCAAUUAGGUAAAUUUUCUUAAACAUGACAAGAAUGGCAAUGUGAAGCGUUACAAGGCAAGGCUUGUUGCACUUAAAUACCUGCAGUCUCAAGGUGUCGACUACACUCACACAUACUCCCCUGUAACGAGUAUGAACACUAUACGUGUAUGUCAGCGGUGUGCCACCAACGUCAACUUUUAAUUCGCCAAUUUUACAUCAAAUUCGCCUUCAUCAAUGGCGAUCCCGAAUAUGUGUCUGGAACUGCCAGAAAAAGUUUAUGUACCUGCUUGUAUGGUCUGCCAACUCCGACGGAACUUCAAUGGGCUCGAACAAGCUGCAGCAGUAUGGUUUAAAGCCAUUUUUGCUGACUUAACGGAGCUCGGAAUCUCACAGCAUCGAGCAUAUCCGUAUUUAAAUUCAUCCGCCAUGAUCGAAGUUGACGACCACGCAUCUCUGGUAUUUUUAGUUCUCUAUGUGGAUGACUAACUUUCGGUGAAAGACUGAAAUGAAGGUACAAGCAGUGCACAUUGCGCAUGCUCCACAUUCAACGGAGAAAUCGCUUAGAGAUGCUAUCAUUGGUGUGCUGCAAUUAGGGCCCUGCGCUACUUAACAUUGGAAUCCGAGCUCUAGCGAUGAUAAUUGGGGAGGAGAUCAAGCUACGCGUCGUUCAACUUCUGGUGUUCUGGUAUUGAAUGUGAAGCUCCACUUUGUACAAGAGCCAAACUGCAGCGGCGUUUGUGCGACCGGUAUACAAAUACGUUGGGCCUAUGAAAGGUUCUUUUCAACAAGCUUUGUCGCGAUUAUUGCUCAAGAAACAGCUUUCAUGUCAUACGGAUGUUCGUACUAACAGAAUAUAAUAACAAACUAUGUCUAAGCCUAUGACAGGCGAGUAAGAUGUAAAAUUAUUAACC